AUGGUUUUGUCUGGUAUCAUACGAGGACACCAUUUUGAACAGCAAGCUGCUGUGCCCCAUCAGUGUGAUAUCGCAUGCAGCAUACCUCUGAGGUCAAGCCAGUGGGGGCAGAGUGACACGCUCUUCAAAUGGCAUCCUCCAUGCAGCAUGACCUUUCACUAUGAGCAAGACCGGAGUGCACUUAAAAGGAAAGAAUGGGAGCGAAGAAAUCAAGAAGUCCAGCAAGAUGAAGAUCUCUUUGCUUCAGGUUUUAAUCUCUUUGGGGAACCCUACAAGACAAAUAAAGGCGAUGCCCUUGCUAACCGUGUCCAAAACACAUUGGGAAACUAUGAUGAAAUGAAGGACUUGUUAACCAACCAUUCUAACCAGAGCCACCUUGUAGGAAUCCCAAAGAAUUCUGUACCACAGACUCCCGUUGACAAAAAUGAACAGAACUUUUUUCCAGAACAGAGAAACAGGAUGAUCCCGUCUCACCAGAUCAGCGGUCACUCGUCAACAUCAAUGCCCCCACCUUCUUCACUGUCAUCAAAUUCUACUUUGCUACACAGUCACCAGAGCAGCAGGAAAUCCAGGACAGAUUGGUCACGUGGUGGUCAUAACUCUAAUGGUGCACAGCCAAGCCAAUCCAGUAGUCAACAGAGUAGGACAAAGCAUAGCUCUUCACAUGACCAGCCUCAAGGCAGGUACGACGAUCUCUACAGCUGUCAGAGUGAGCAACAUAAAAAUGGAGGCGCUGAGGAAGCAAACCCGGCUGCAUCAUCUUCACAUUCACGGAGGCACAGUCAUUCCAAAUCAACAACUGGAGAACAUUCUUAUAAAGAAAACAGUCAUUCAAAGUCACCUGUAGAACUUGAGUUUGUAGGGCACGGUCCUGGAUCUCCACUUCCUUCUACAUCUUUGUUAUCUGCAAACAAUGGUCUCUCAACCCAGAGUUUCCCACCAGGACUGCACUGUAAAACUAGCAUGGUCCAGCAAAAGCCUACAGCUUACGUAAGGCCUAUGGAUGGUCAGGACCAAGUACCUAAUGACUCACCUGAACUGAAACCUCCAAUAGAAAUUGAGAGUGGAUAUGGAAAUCAAUCAUUUGGAACACUGUUGGAAGGAAAAGCUAAUGCACCCAGUUCUAAGAAUAAAUUACCAAAGCUUACCAUCCCUCAAGCUAGUGAGGUUAGCCUUCCCAAUGACUCCAGCUGUGUGGAAGAAAUAUUACGGGAGAUGACCCAUUCCUGGCCUCCACCUCUUACUGCUAUUCACACCCCCGGCAAGGCUGAGCAGACCAAGUUUUCCAUCCCAAGCAAGGUGCAGGAUUCCCAGCACCCGACCUCAGGAUACAAUGUACAAAAGUGGAGUGAUCCAGCAGGGAAAGCUGCCACCAAGUCAGUGCCACAAAAGUCAAUGCUUGAAGAUGAUCUAAAACUCAGCAGUGAUGAAGAUGACCACGAACAGGCUGCCGAAAAGACAAAACCUAGAAACAUUCCUGUAAAUGGCCUUCCUUUGCAGACAGCACAUGGUGCAGUUUUAGCACAUUCCAGCGGAGGCUCUGGGAGCUCAAGUGAGUCAGAGAGCAGCUCCGAGUCCGAUUCCGACAGCGAAAGCAGCUCCAGUGACAGUGAGUGUAACGAAGAGUCACGCAGCGCAACUCCGGAGCCUGAACCUCCUUCAACAAACAAGUGGCAGCUGGAUAAAUGGCUAAAUAAAGUGAAUCCCCAUAACAAGACCAUUAUCAACAACCAAAAUGAGACUCAUAGUGAGAACAGUUCUCAGUCUCAGAGCAGCCAACAGACUGAAGGACAAAACAAAGGGAAGCUUAAUAACAGUCUGCCCCAGACCGAUUCCAAAGACAGGGCCGUCCUUAGUCCCAUCCGGGAGAAAGCCAAACCACGAGUUGCCCAGAAAACUCCAGAGGCAAAAAGCUCCAAGCAGAAGUCACCAGCUCAUAAUGAGCCAACUUCACAAAGGACUCCUGGGAAAAAGCAACCCAAAAAGGUAGAAAGGACUUCCAGUGUAGAAGAGUAUAACUGGCCCAAACCAAAUAAUACCAGCAACACUCCCAAAGAAAAAGAUACACAGGAACCACCAGAGCAGCCAAAGGUUCGCACAAAAGCAGCAGCUGGAAAGACAGCUCCAAGAAAAGAACCACGGACUAGCACGGGACUUGCUUCUGAGAAGAAAAAGUACAGAGGCCCUAGCAAAACUGUCCCUAAAUCCCGUGAAUUUAUUGAAACCGAUUCGUCUACUUCUGAUUCAAACACAGACCAGGAAGAGAGCCUGCAGGCUAAAAUAUUACCAGCUUUCAGUGGGCCUGCCAAUGGCCUCAAAGUAAAAGACUCCAGUAGUAACAUCCUCAGUGUAAGUAGUUUAACUAGCAACAGCAGCAACACAUCAAUAGACCAGACCAGCAAUGAUUUAGAGGAACAACUCUUUUCACCGAUCCCAAUUGUGCAAAAUGAACUUCUGUCCCCACUGAGGGAAUUUGAAGAACUCAAAUCCCUUUGGGUGAAAAUAGAUCUUAGUUUACUCUCUAGAAUACCCGGACAAGACCCUUGUGAGACAGUGACUGUGAAAACUGAACCACGAGAGGCAAAUGUGAAACACAGGCGACAAUCUCGAGAGUCCCCCACCGCAGUCGCUGAAAAGCCCGCCACAAAAUCCAAAAGGAAGCACAAGCAGUCCGAAAGCUUGGAUACGUUUGGUGAAACCAAGAAACAGCGUCUGGAGGACACCUCAGCCUCAUGCCUACUUCCACCAUGUAUUUCUCCGAUACCUAAUCACAGAUUAACCAGCACUAAAGACGGGAGUUCAGUUAAAAAGGUGACUAAGAAAAGAGAAGAGAAGUUGUUCCCUCCUCCGUUAUCCCCGCUGCUGGAUGAGCCAGCACACAGGCGGCACAGCAGUGACAACAGCUCCUUCAGCCAAGAGAACAGCGUCACAAACUCCUUGCAGACCGGCAACUCUUCCUCUUCUUCUAAAUUCGGAAAGAAUGAGAACAAAUCCUCUUCGAACCCCAAAGGAAUCUGUGAGGAGGAAUCUCGCCAUAGACCAACAAACAGUCUCCUUGAUACCAGCCAUCUAGAAACAGACAUCUGGUCUACAAUGCCUACACUCUCCAAUGGGAAAUCUGAGUCAAGAAGACCUAAAAUAACAUUUGAUGACAUGCUUCACAAUGCAGACUAUUACAUGCAAGAGGCUAAGAAGCUAAAGCACAAAGCGGACGCACUGUUGGAGAAGUUCGGCAAAGCAGUGAAUUAUGCUGAUGCUGCUCUCUCCUUCAUUGAGUGCGGGAAUGCUAUGGAGCGAGAUCCAUUAGAAGCUAAAUCUCCAUACACCAUGUACUCAGAGACUGUGGAACUCAUCAGGUAUGCAAUGAGACUCAAGAAUUUCACAGGCUCAUCUGCCACGGAAGGAGACAAGAAACUAGCAGUUUUAUGCUACCGAUGCUUAUCACUCCUCUACUUGAGAAUGUUUAAACUAAAGAAAGACCAUGCUAUGAAGUACUCCAGAUCUCUGAUGGAAUAUUUUAAGAACUCUUCAAAAGCCUCCCAGGCCCCCUCUCCUUGGGGAGGCAAUGGAAAGAGCACAGAGACUCCAUCCCCCAUGUCUCUCAGUCCAUCUCCAGUCAGUUCUGUAGGGAGCAGUACAGGCACUGCUGGGUCCUCGUCAGCAGGAACCAUCACCAUCCCCCAGCGCAUCCACCAUAUGGCCGCCAGCCAUGUAAAUAUCACCAACAACGUCUUGCGGAGCUACGAGCACUGGGACAUGGCCGACAAACUGACUAAGGAGAACAAAGAGUUCUUUGUAGACCUGGACUCAGUCAUGGGACCAUUAACACAACACAGCAGUAUGACCAGUCUGGUCCGUUACGUUCGACAAGGACUUCACUGGCUCCGCAUGGAGGCGCAUUUGUUGUAG